CCACACCAUACUGAGACCGGCGCUCUGAUUCCUGGCAAUGGUGGUGUUCCUGGAACCACUAUUGUUAAAGUUAGGCAUACGCCCAAUCCACGAGCGACCUAUCAGAUCCCACCCAAUGUUGUUGAAUCGUGUCCCGGAAAUCUUCCUAAUAUGGAGAAACACACAAAAACUGAUAUCGAUGAUGAUGAUUAUGAUGACUUUGAAUUGAAGACGGUCCACAAUAAAUCCUCUUAUCCACUCCACUCAAGUGUCAAUGAUCCCGUAAUCUCUAGUGUUGCUUGCCAUGUAAAUAACCAAACUAAUACAGCUUCUUCCAACAGCAAUGUCGAAGUUUACAGCGUCAAACGCCAGCACCAACUGGUAUCCGGUCAGCCAACAAAGGUAGUCAGUAUCGAACCUCUAAGCAAGCCACGAUACAUAACUGCGGUUGGAUCUUCAAUGACAACUUUGAGACAGGAAAAAAGCACCAACGAUAUGCUUCUCCUUAGUGCUCAAGCUUCGGUCCACCAGUCUUCAAACAGCUCUGAUAUGUCUAGUUCCUCCAUUGUGAAUACAAAACGUACUGUAGUCCACAAACUCCAUUCUUUUAGGAAGAUCUUGCCAAAAUCACCAGACAGAUCAUCCUCGGUUCAUGCUCCAAAUUCAGGCCCUGCUAUACUACCUUCUGCUUUGGCAUCUUCCCCAUCAUCUUGUCUCAGCAAUCCACUUUUAACAGGGACUGCUACGGUUCGUGUUUCAACUGGCUCCUUUAUUCCUCUACAACCUCCAAUUCAACAACAGGGGCCUCUUUUGCACGGCCAAGUCAAUUCAACCAUCCGCAGAAUCUCUCAAUCGAACAUCACGCCUUCUAUUAAUAGAGAAGCCCAUCCCCAACUUUUGAAAACUUUGUUAGAGGAAGGCGAUGCUCGUAGUAUUACACCAGCGCAACCACAAAUAGAUGAGGGACUCCAUGCUUUAAAUAUUAGUGCCUGA